CAUUCGCCUGGGAUCCUUUUCUAUCGGAUGCAGAUGUUGUCGACAAGGUGACAACCGAUAAGCCUACACUUAACGGUGGUGACAGCGACGUUGCUCCUCAUGGUGCCGGAAGUGAGUCGUCACUCACUGGUGAUCAAAAUAAUCUGGCUAAUGUCUCUGAUGAUAAAGAAGGUCUUGAUCCCAGAUCGAACUUAUCAAAGACUGAAGCUUCUGAUAAUAAACCAGAUUUACAUGUGGAGUCUCCAGAAAAACUUGAAAUCCAGUCUCCCCCCGUCCCGACUUCAACUCCUCUGGCUACAGAGAAUUUAUCAAAAGAGAUGCCUUCAGCGGAACCAGAAUCUGUGACUCUGGCUAUGGCUACCCUCGCAGCAGCCACAGAAA